UCAAACGUCGUCCUGCGCUCUGAUGACAGAUGGGGCAUCCUUGGUUGUGAGCAGCAGCACCCAGCAGGAUGACUGGUCCUUUAGCACUCUGCUGCCUUCUCCUCUCUGCUCACACUCUCAGUCUAACAGCUGGUUAUUUAACUGUUUCCAUUGAACCUCUUCCUCCUGUUGUCAUUGGAGACACAGUCACACUCAAGUGCAACUUCCGAACAGACGGCAACCUCCGAGAAAUUGUGUGGUUUCGGGUGAGCUCACAGGUGAGUGAAGGAGGCAGUGCCAAGCAGAAGAUUUUCACCUAUGAUGCCAUGUACAACACCAGCUACUCUCAUAUGGAGGACAACCGCAGACAAGAGGACCUGGUCUACCAGUCGACAGUGAGGCUUCCCGAGGUCCAGAUGGAGGAUGACGGCCUGUAUGAGUGCCAUGUGGGGAUCUAUGACAGGAGCUCCACAGACAAAGUGACUCUAGCCUCUGGCAGCAUCACCCUCAAUGUCAUAGUACCUCCCAAGUCUAUCUCUGUGGUGGCAGCUGACAGCCCGGCUCCUUUCAGCCGCUAUGAGGCACAGAACUUCACUCUGGUUUGCAUUGUUACAGGAGCAAAGCCAGCUCCCAUGGUGUACUUCAAGCGGGAUGGCGAGCUUAUUGAUGUGGUGCCAACUGCCCACUUUUUCUCAUCAGUGGAAGACCAAAGCAAGGGCCCGGGUCUAGAAAAGAGCUGGAGCAGGACCCAAGCGGGGUUCUGGAGCUCCCGAGCUCUCACCAGUCGAGACCUUGAUGACACCAAACUCCAAAAGUCCCUGUCCCUGCUGGAGCAAGAAGGGAAGCUGGCUCGGCUGGGCCAACAUGGCCCCAAUGGCCUGGAACAGGGUGGAGAGCAAGGGUUUGAGUCGGACCCUGAGCUAACCACUGAGGUGAUCCCUGAGACAGUGGUGAGCAGGGAGUUUCCCCGCUGGGUCCAGAGUAGUGAUCCGCUCUACUACUUCCAGCACCGGCAGCAGUCAGCAGGUGAUGGCACCAUGGAGGUGAGAGCCAUGCUGACUUGGAGCCUCAACCCUCAGCUGGAUAACGAGGCUCUCUUCAGCUGUGAGGUCAACCACCCAGCUCUGUCCAUGCCCAUGCAGGCUGAGGUCACUCUCGCUGCUCCCAGAGGACCCAAGCUGUCAAUGAGCCCCGAUAAGGCCAAGGUGGGAGACACAGUGCGGAUCACUGUCCAGGGCUUCCAGCUGGGACCUUCUGCAAGCGAGGUCUUCCCUGAGCCCAUAUUCACAUGGACAAAGGUCAGCGGGCGUCUGCUAGAUGGCCGAGAGGAGCAUGAGGGAAGGGAACUCAUCCUGGAGAGAGUUCCUGCUGAGCUUAAUGGCUCCAUGUUUCGCUGCACGGCCCAGAAUCCUCUGGGCUCUACAGAUACCCACACCCGCCUCAUCGUGUUUGACAACCCAAGACUGAAGAAAGGAAAAGAACAUUUUAUUGCCAUGGAUGCAGCCGUCAGUCACUGCUCCAUCACAUUAACCUCCAUGUUGCUGCUGCUGAGCUCUACCUGCAAGCUGACGUGACCCGAGGCUCUGCUGCUCCAACCACAUCUGCUGAAGGCCCCUGCUCUUUAAUGAUCCCCUGGCAGUAGCUAAAUCCCCACCCAGCUGUUCCAGCACCACUGAACAUUAAAGGUGCAGCAGGAUUUCUACCUUGGGGGAGAAGGAUAUGAUAAAGCAUCAGCCACGGCGUACCGGUCCAGAUGCUGUACAGCUUGUCAUCACACUGAGCAACUUUGCCGAGGGGUACUCUGCUCUGACUGAUUAACUGAUUGACUGAGUUUGUAAGAGGCUCUAACUGCAUCACACUAAGGGCAAAGAUAGAUGUGUGUGAUUCAAUUUUCAAUUCAAUUUUAUUUAUAAAGCCCAAUAUCACAAAUCACAAUUUGCCUCACAGGGCUUUACAGCACACAACAUCCCUCUGUCCUUUGGACCCUCACAGAAGAUAAGGAAAAACUCCCCUUUAACAGGGAAAAAAAACGGUAGAAACCUCAGGAAGAGCAACUGAGGAGGGAUCCUUCUUCCAGGACGGACAGACGUGCAAUAGAUGUCGUACAGAACAGAUCAACAUAAUAAAUUAACAGUAAUCCACAUGACACAAUGAGACAGAGAGAGAGAGAGAGAGAGAGAGAUGCAGGUAAUGAUAGUAGCUUACAACAACAUUAUUGAAAGUAAUAAUAUUAUAGUUAUAGUUCUGGCUACUGCGGUACAAUAUGUUGAAAGUAUGUAUUAAUAUCUGGCAGUAUACAAGUGUGACAAUAGUCAUAUGUGUAUAAUGUGAUGUCACCUAUUAAUGUCUGCAGGGUUCAUAUUAGAUCCCAAUGAAUAAUGGCACUGGUAGCCAUGAUAGGCGACAGGCAUAUUUCAUUUUUAGUGUGUUCCAUCAGGAGAAAGAUUUCUGAAAAUGCUUCUGUAAAACCUAAAGAAACAUUCUUUCAUUUAUUUUUUCAGGGAGCAGAAUAACAUCAAGCAGGAUGACUCCCUCCCUUCUUGUUACUCCUGAAAAGGGCUUUGUGCUGAUAUCACAGUGUUUUCUUAUUCAAAUGAUGGAGUGAUUGGGAAUCUAAGAAUAUGUUAUUAAAAAGCUCUGUGUUAUCCUCUAAUAUUUAGCAUUGUCUUAGUAAAACAUUUACCUCCAAAUGUCUAUAUCCAUGUAGACUACUGCUUGAACCAGACUGAGAGUCUACAGCCAUGCCUACAACUCUGUGAGCCUGCACUUGAGAAGAGUUAAAUGGCAGAACUCCCAUGCAGUAUCACGUAUGCAUGUGCUAGUUCCACAGCCACCGUUUUAGAUAUGUGUAUGCAUGAGUUCCGUAGCCACCAUUUUAGAAGUGCAUAUGCACACAUGCAUAAGCUCCAGAGUGUGGGGUAUCAGUCAUUUUUUUGAUGUUGCCAAUCAGAGGCCCACAAUCCCAUCAGUCACAGUAGUAGGAGUAGUCAACAUUUCAGCUAGCUAGUUAUACUAGCACUAGUAGCUAGCCUCUGCGUAUCAACUCACUGAUCAUGCGGGAAUAUAGUAAAUUCUUCCACUACUCAUUUUACAAGGACCAUCAAUCAAUCAAUCAAUCAAUUUUAUUUAUAAAGCCCAAUAUCACAAAUCACAAUUUGCCUCACAGGGCUUUACAGCAUACGACAUCCCUCUGUCCUUAAGACCCUCACAGCGGAUAAGGAAAAACUCCCCAAAAAAACCCCUUUAACGGGGGAAAAAAAACGGUAGAAACCUCAGGAAGAGCAACUGAGGAGGGAUCCCUCUUCCAGGACGGACAGACGUGCAAUAGAUGUCGUACAGAACAGAUCAACAUGAUAAAUUAACAGUAAUCCAUAUGACACAGUGAGAGAGAGAGAGAGAGAGAGAGAGAGAGAGAGAGAGAGAGAGAGAGAGAGAGAGAGAGAGAGCGAGAGAGAGAUAUGCAGGUAAUGACAGUAUCUUACAACAACAUUAAUGGAAGUAAUAAUAUUAUAGUUAUAGUUCUGGUUACUGCGGUACAAUAUGUUGAAAGUAUGUAUUAAUACCUGGCAGUAUACAUGUGUGACAAUAAUCAUAUGUGUAUAAUAACAGAAGAAGUAUGACUAAUGACUAAUGAUGGCAGCAGCAGCAGGAGGCAUCUGGCGGGACCACGGCAGCAGCACAACCACACACGCCACGCUGUCCAGGCACCGCUGCGAUAUGAGUUAAUCUGAGAGACAGUGGAGCACAAAGGCUCCGGAGAAGAAGCCGAGUUAGUGACAUCCAGAAUGGCCGAGUUAGCAAGAUGCAGUAAUAGGAUACGAGAGAGAGAGAGAGCGAAGGAGAGAAGGGGCCCGGUGUAUUAUAGGGGGUCCUCCGGCAGACUAGGCCUAAGUCAGCCUAACUAAGGGCUGGUACAGGACAAGCCUGAGCCAGCCCUAACUAUAAGCUUUAUCAAAGAGGAAAGUCUUAAGUCUAGUCUUAAAUGUGGAGACGGUGUCUGCCUCCCGGACCGUAACAGGAAGAUGAUUCCACAGGAGAGGAGCCUGAUAGCUAAAGGCUCUGGCUCCUGAUCUACUUUUGGAGACUUUAGGGACCACGAGUAACCCUGCGUUCUCAGAGCGCAGUGUUCUGGUGGGAUAAUAUGGCACUAUGAGCUCUCUAAGAUAUGAUGGAGCUUGACCAUUUAGAGCUUUAUAAGUUAACAGUAGGAUUUUAAAUUCAAUUCUGGAUUUUACAGGGAGCCAGUGCAGAGAAGCUAAAACAGGAGAGAUAUGAUCGCGUUUAUUAGUUCCUGUUAGUACACGUGCUGCUGCAUUCUGAAUUAGCUGGAGAGUUUUUAAGGACUUACUAGAGCUACCUGAUAAUAGAGAGUUACAAUAAUCCAGCCUUGAGGUAACAAAAGCGUGGACCAAUUUUUCUGCAUCUUUUCAGGUCAGGAUAGGCCUAAUUUUCGCAAUAUUACGCAGAUGAAAAAAUGCAGUCCGUGAGGUUUGUUUUAAAUGAGAAUUAAAAGACAAAUCUUGAUCAAAUAUUACUCCGAGGUUUCUUACGGUAGUGCUAGAGGCCAGAGCAAUGCCAUCUAGAGAAACUAUGUCAUCAGAUAAAGAGUCUUUGAGUUGUUUGGGGCCAAGAACAAUAACUUCAGUUUUGUCUGAAUUUAACAUCAGGAAAUUGGUGCUCAUCCAGGUUUUUAUGUCUUUAAGGCAAUUAUGGAGUUUAGUUAAUUGAUUACUUUCUUCUGGCUUCAUCAAUAAAUACAACUGAGUAUCAUC